AUGCCAAAAUUUGGUGUAAAUUUAUUACUCUGGGCAGAUAAGUUUGAUAGAGAAACUGCAGACCUGAUUCCUAAAGUUGCUGAAAUGGGCUUUGAUGGUGUUGAAAUCCCCAUCUUUGAUCCAGAUACAGUGGAUAUCCCUUAUACCCAAGCAUUACUGAAGGAUACCGGCUUAGAAACCAUCGGGUGUAAUAUUAUGGCAGGGGACAGGAAUCCAAUCGAUGAAGAUCCGGCGAUUCGAGAAAAUGGAAGAACCUAUCUCAAGCGCACAAUCGAAAUUGUUGCCGAGUUGGGUGCCGAUACGCUCGUUGGCCCCAUGUAUAGUGCAGUGGGUAAACUCGUCGGCAGAGGCAGAAACCAGCAGGAGUGGGAUUGGUGCGUUGAAGGUUUGCAAGAUGUUUGUGAAUUCGGCGGAAAACACGGUGUUACGCUCGCCAGUGAACCGCUCAACCGGUUUGAAACCUAUUUCGUCAACAUCGCUGCAGAUGCUGUUAAACUUUGUGAAGCAGUAGAUAGUCCGUACUUCAAGGUGCAUCUGGAUACAUUCCACAUGAACAUUGAGGAAAAAAAUCAAGCGGAUGCUAUCAUCGCGACUGGUGAUUUCUUACAUCACAUUCACUGCUGUGAAAACGAUCGCGGGACUCCAGGUACGGGACUUGUAGAUUGGGACGGUGUAUUCGGCGCGCUCGCUAAGGUUAACUACGACAGAUGGCUCGUGAUUGAAUCAUUUACACCGGCAGUCAAGGAAAUCGCCGCUGCGACCUGCAUCUGGCGCGACAUCGCACCGAGUGCCGAGAGCCUCGCGAUAGAUGGACUCGCGUUCCUCAAACAGAAAGCAGCACAAUACCUAUAG